AUGUAUUGGGUACCGCAGCAAAAUCUAGAAAAACCAAUUAAAACCAUGGACGGCAAAGUAUUAGAUAUGUCCACUCUUCGGCAAAUGGCUGAAGAGAUGAGCCUGGAGUCUGGUGAAGAAGGCCUGCCGAUUGUUGAAAUCGUCGAGGAGCUUGACGAUGAAGAUAAGGUUAUUUCGGGCUGCACCACGACACCAGGGAAGUCAGCGGAGCAAAUCUUGAAAAUCCUUAAGGACGCAGGGGUUGAAGAUGAUCCAAACACAGAUACCAGCGGCGUAGCUGGGUCCGCAAAAAAUGGAAAAGCGCAAUCACCGGAAAAAAUUAACCAAGUACCCGUGAAAAGUACUACAAAUGCAAAUCAGGAAAGGAAGACUGUUGACCAGUCGGUGAAGCAAGCUGCUGGCAGGCAAGUGAUGGGGUUUGGUACAAAUUCUGUUGGGGAGUCUGCGCAAGCAAAAUCAGGGCUGGAUGGAGAUAUUCCAGUGACAGAAAUAGACGAGUCUCCAGAAGAUGCAGCACUUCGCAGAGAAUUCUUGCAAUACAGCCUCGAGGAAGUCGGCGCGGUUGUUGCAGAACUUGAACUGGACGAAUCUGCAAGCGAGUUUUCGAUCUCGGAUGAAGAAUACGAUCAAUAUAGCCUGAGCGAUGAAGAUGACGAGGACGAGGACGAGGACGAAUAUGGGCGGACUACCAGACGUGUUAUAUCGGAUGACUACCAUCAGCAGAUGCGACAGCUUGAGGAGCGACUAAAUGCUAAGAUGCUACACAAUAUUGGCCCCGAUCCCGGUGCGCUGCCUCUUGAUCUUCAGCAAAAGUUAGAGCAGCCCGGGUCAUCUCCUAAGGCAGUAAAGGUCAAGGGAGCCAAGAAGAAGAAAGUUUCUUUCGCCGAUGAGUUGGACAUCGCUCCUGACUCGUCGUCGGCGAUUUCGACAACCGUUGCCGCUGAGAAACCCAGUAAGACUGAGAUUAUUGAGUCUUCGGCUAUCCAAAACGUAAUAUUGGAGCACAAGGGAGCUCCCGAAGCAGUCACUGCUGAGUCGACAAGGCAAAGAAAAGCCUCUCGUUUUAAGACUUCCAGGACUGGAAAACAAGAAGUCAUAUCAAAUCCUACCAUACCCAAUCCAAGAAAACGGGUCCACCCUUCACCGAACACUCUUCCUCUCUUCCCAGCAAAACCCUUGGACCCAAAACCAUUCUCGCAGCCCAUUAAGGACUCCGAAAACAUCUCUAAUUCCGAUGCCGUCGUCGAUAAACUUGUCGAACGUGAAGUCGAUCAAUCCUGCCCCACCUCCCCCGAUCCUGACGAUUUUGACGAAACUUUGCUAAAACGAGAGAUGGCCACCACUUUCUACACCCUCAGAAAUCGGAAGAUUCAGCAAGAAGGCGGAUUCAUGCGCGAAGACGAGUCUGGAAUUGUACCGCUUGACGACGAGUCGCAAGAGGCUCCGAAAAGAAUCAGCCGUUUCAAAUCUGCGAGAGUACAAGGCGACUCGAGCAGGUAA